CUAAAAUCUCCAAAAAAAUGAAAGGUGAAACAGUUAAUUGAUCAUGUUCAGUCUACUUCUCUAGUAUACCUACAACAAACACCCAGCAUUGAAGUUUCAUUCAUACUAUUAAUACCAGUAGUAGCAUCGAUUGAAGGUCUCCGCAGCGGUUACGCAAUCUCGAUCGGAAUGCAAAAUGAACAAAACUCGGUGAAUUAAUCGGAUGAGCGGGAAAGUAAGAUAACGCCGUUAACGAGCGAUGAUGAGCAUCUAACUGAAAGAAAAAAUGGCUGCGACAUGCGGUGGCCAAUGUCGGUUUGUCUGCGCAACUUGCACGUUACAUACGUACUACACCUAGUGUGUCACGCUUCGCGUUCCAGUUUAACUUGUUCCACGACGCGGUGUGGAACUCCACGAUUUGCUGGUCUGCUAUUGUGACUAUCGGGUCGAUGUGCUUGAUGAGCGAAGAUUAGGGGAGUGGAAAGAAUUGAUCUUAAACGAGAAGGUAGAGGUGAAAUCUUUCAAGCUGGGUGACGGAAGAGGAAAACAUCGUAGAGUCAGAAUGGCAGACGAAACUCAGCACGUUCAACAAAUAUCCAGGGAGAAUAGGAUGAUCUAUCAUUUACCGUUCAUGAUAAAAGCUGUUGAAGUGGUAUUAGCAGUCUUCGCGAUUGGAUUAAUAGUGGAUCCGAUGAACUCGUUCCAAAGAAUCCUAAUUAAGUCUCACUUCAAAUUAGACGACGCGGCGAUAAUUUACAUCAGCAUAGCUGGUUACAUUAUAAUCAAUUCUCUCUUCAUUAUUUGCCACUUGCUGGGUGACCGAAUACCAAAAAGAACGCUGAUAUUGUUUGCCUCGAUGGGAGCUCUCCUACACGUCGUCGCUGGAGCAGUAAUCGUCUAUGAUUGGAGGAAACCUAUGGGUCCUUACUAUAACAACGAACUCUAUCCUAGCAAACAGUACCUGGACAUGUUCAUAUCCGGUGCUGUGUUCACGUUUGUGGACGCUUUGGUAUUUGUUAUCGAAAUCGUCUUUAUCAUCAGAACUUCGACGAAGAGUGUCGAAUGAGGAACAUUAUCGAGAAAUUAUCGAUGAUAAUUUACAGUCAAGUUUUGUAUAAUUUAUAGAAAAAGUGAUAACCUUUUCAGUGCUUUGUUUUAUGAGAAGUUAACAGUAUGCAUCACAGCAAAAUUUUAUUCUUAAAAUUUAAAAGAAAAUUUUAAAUAAAAAUUGUGGAGUACUGAAAGGGUAGAGGAAAAUAGAACCGAAAUUAUAAGAAUGUUAAAGUAUUUUAUAAAUCGUGAUUAUAUGACUAGAAAGUAUUUGCAUGAUUAAUACGAAAGUGAUUAAAAAUUCUAAAGACGUGGAAAAUAUUGAAAAUGAUUAUGGGAACAAUAUUUCAUAUUUAAAUAUUAGAAGUAUCCACCAUAUGUGUUCUAGAAUUUCGAGAAAUUAAGUAGUGUAAAAUAAAACGUAUUUUUUAGAGAGCGAUUAGUAUAGUUUAACAUAGCGAAAUAUUUAGUUGUAAGCCCUGAUUCCGUCCAUAUGUUACUUUUAAAAAUUGUAAGAAUUAAACCACAUACUUAAUCUAAAAUUAUAUAGACAUUGCUGUAAGUUAACUUUUAUAUUUGUAUAUGUACCUAGGAACUUAGAUUAUUAAUUUCGUAAUUCAGUAAUUAAUUAGAAUUUUUACCCAAAGAUGUUGUAAAACACUUUAUUAUUUACUUAUGCAGUCAAUGUUAAUACAUUAUUGAUCCAAAGCAUUUUAGUUUAGCAACAGCGAGUUAGUAUAAUUUUUAAACUUUUAUAGUUAUAUGCAAAUAGUCUCAGAAUUGCCAUUGAAUAUUUUUGUAUAAUACAAAGGUCAUAUAAUAAUUCUAGUAAUGUUAAUUGUAGUUGUAAGUUGAUCAAGAAUUUUAAUUUGUUUCCAUCGUGAAUGUGUCUUUAUCAAACUAAAUCCGUCCAAUUUUGUAUUAGAUGUAAAGUAACGAUCAAAAUAUUCUAAUGAAAAGUUUAUUCAAUUAUUGUUAAUAAAUUAUAUGCACAAAAGUAUCGUUACAUGUAUUCGUUAAUUGCAUAAAAUUAUUUUUUUAAUAAAUGGUAUUGCAAAAAUUAUGUAUAACGUAUGAUAGUGUAUGCACAGUGUGUGAUGUAUGUGACUUCUAAUGUAUUAUGUAUAAUUACAAUUUUUAUUA